AUGGCUUCCGUUGUCGUCGCCGUCGCGGCAGAGGAGGUUGGUCUUCUCGAAUCCCGCUCUUCUCCUCCUGAAACCGGAGUGAUCCCAGAUGUGGAGAUCGUACCCAUGCCAAUGGAGCAUCGACCGGCCACCACUGCAGCGGAGGAGGACGAGCCGAAGGCGGCUGGGCAGCCCAAGCAGCGGCUAGCGUCUCUCGAUGUCUUCCGGGGUCUUACCGUAGCGGUAUGGUGCCUUCCAUUGUUUCCAGAAGAUCUCCUUCUCCCUUCCCGGCGCUAACUCCAUCUGCAAAACCCUCGCGUGCGCUUUCUCGCUGUUCAUCGCGUUCCGGUCUGGCCAGUUGAUGAUCCUCGUGGACGACGCCGGAGGAGCAUUUCCAUCCAUCAACCACGCGCCAUGGACCGGCGUGACGCUCGCGGAUUUCGUCAUGCCAUUCUUCCUCUUCGGCGUCGGCGUCUCCGUUGCUCUCGUGUUUAAGGUAAUUCCUCCUGGCCGCGUCGCUCGGUGCCCUGGACUUCCGCACUCAAUCUUGUGCGUGCGUCUCAUUUCCUUCCUUCUAAAACGCGCCAACGAGCUCAUCGGAACUCUCCUUGUGUAAUUCUGUGUAGAAAGUGCCCAAUAAAACUGCCGCCACGAAGAAGGUUGUGGCGAGGACGAUCAAGCUCUUUCUCUUGGGUCUAGUUCUGCAAGGUCUGUUCCUGAAAUUUCCUAGUUUUUGGCGAAUAAUCAAAUCUCGGCUUUCUAACACUCGUGCAGCUUCACCGAUCCACUGAAGAGACCAGUUAUAAGCCAACUGGGUCGUGAAUUCCUCCAGGGAUUUAGAUUUUGAUCCUUGGAAAAUUAAUUACUUGACCGAAAAUGAAGCAAAUUGACCGGAGUUAGGGUUCUCUGCUGGCCCAGGAAACUUUUACGAGCUGAGUAUGGCUGAUGCUGUCUGCUACAAUAUCUGGCUCUCUUCUUACGUGAAGGUUCAACAUAAGGUGCAAAUUAUAUGCUUCCUCUUCAACCCAGGGUCCAUUUGAAGAACUUCGGUCGGACAUAAAGUGGGAAAAUAUGGUGCCCAGGUGCUCCCUAGGAGGACAGUACCUCCCAAGAAGAUUGAUCCGUUUGGAUCUUGGUCCAUAAUGGCCUUUUUACUGUAUUUGAGGUGCAAAGGAAGCAGUACGACAUACUGCUCUAUGUAUGCCAAAGAAUGAUCUAUACCACCUCUAAGGGUGUCCAUGAGCUGAUCUCUGCAUCUUUUUGGUGGUCUAAACAGCGCCCCACCUUUCUCUGCCUAGAUCCCUUGUCGUUUCCCCUGACUCUGGGAUUGGCUUUCAAUUCAUUCUAUCCUCUUAUUUCCUAUGAAUAGUCAGCAGUUUAUUAGACUUGAGGAAAGUUUGAUGAUAAUGUGAUGUUACGUGUACUAGUUAGUUUGAUCCUGGAGGUUGGCAAUUGAGAAUCCCACCCAAGGAAUGUCUCCUAGAGAUCUCUCUGAUUUUGGAUUAGAAUUCAUCUAUCGUGCAUGGUAUGUUAUCUUCGCACAAGUCAUGGGGAUAGUCUGAAAAGUUUAAAUCCUCUCAAGUAAUUCAUAAUCAUAUAUUAAAUCUGGGGCUAUGUCCAGAAUAAGGUAUCAUGAUUAAUGCGAACCAAGAUUUAGCAGGAGGAAAUUCUGUAUGACUAGUCUUGGCCAAAAGGAAAAAAAGCAUUGUUUAGUUUAGUACUAGGUAUGGUUACUUGUAAGUAGAAACAUAAGGACGAUGUCUCGGGCACAGGCUUCCUGUGAUGGAAUCUCAGAUUUUUUUUUGACUUGUUAAACUUUGUGGUUGAAGAAACACGAGUGAUAAAAUUGUUCUUCAAUUUUUUUAUUUCGAUAUUAGUUGACCUAUAUUCUCAUCCACUCAUUUCCAGGUGGCUACUUUCAUGGUCGGAAUCAUCUCACUUAUGGAGUUGACAUAGAUCGCAUUCGGUGGCUCGGUGUGCUACAGGUAGGCUUAUCCUUAGUGAUAAGCAUGGUUUGGUGGCUUGGUUUCAAUUCUAUGUUUUGUGUGUGUUUACAUUCCGUCAUUGCAAAGUCGCUGAUUACUAUUUUUUAUAUUUAGAAAUUAACUAGAAAAAUGAGUAAUCAAUCUUUUUGCUCUUAUUAGGGAGACUUACAAGGUUAAAAAUUAAUUACAACAAUACUGCAAUACGAAUAUGAGUGUCUUUUGCUAAUGCAAUAUAACUGCAGCAUACCUUUUAAAGGGAUAGGAUGAAAACAAAUAUCCCGCAUAUAUGUUUAGGAGCGUCUGGCUAACUCAUGCUGAGAAAUCCUCUCCUUGGACAUUUCCAAAUGCUCAAUAUGGAUUUUAGACACAACAACCAAUUGCUACCAGAGUUGGAACAGUCAGGAUUGGAUCUCGAAUGCUCUGAACCAAUUGACUGAAACCAAGGGAAAAGGUCGAUUUGGUUGAAUAUUUAAAUAUGUAGAAAUAAAUGACAUUGUUUCGUGGAUAUAUUAACUCAUUUUUCAAUGGGAAAGGAAAUAAGAUAGAAAUUACUCUUUUUUUUGCACUUUACAUGUUGGUUAAGAAACAUGGUAUAAUUACAUUUAUUGAGUCUUUCCUUAUUUUAUUUUUCAACAUGCAGGAAUAUCGUUGAUAUUUGCAUUUUAUUUUCUCAGAGGAUAGCUAUUGGAUAUUUUUUAGCUGGGAUGACAGAGAUAUGGCUUGUCAAUGACGCAACGGUUGAUUCACCAUUGACAUUUGUGAAGAGAUAUUAUAGUGAAUGGUCAGAUUUUCCUUCUUAUGUUGAUGUUACUUAUUCACAAGACUAUACCUCUCUAUGACUCAUGCUUAUUUCUACGAAAAUAGUUAUGUUAACAUUUAAAAUGCACGUCAGGGUCCAUGUGACAGUUUCUGAAUUUGUCUUUAUAACUUCACCAAAUGGUUUAACAAAUUGUAAUAGAAAUAAAAAAAUCCCUUUUUGCUCAUUAUAUCUGGCUUGUCUAAUACUACCUUUCACUGCUGGCUUGGGUUGUAGUCUGUGCAUUCUGGUUCAAGGUUUUUCUGCACAAAAUCACUCUAUUAACAUUCUUUUCGUAAGCUUGCAAAUCUCUUCUUAUUUUUACGAUUGUUACGUAGCUCUAGGUACAUUUGUUGUAUUCUCGAUGUUCAGACAAGAUUUCAGAGAAUUGUGAUGAAAUAGGGUGUAUGAUUUAUUCUUGAUCUAGAGAGAACGUUUAUGAGGAUUGUUGAUUCGUGAAGAAUGAGGCUUGUUGGUGAUGGUCUGAUUCUGGUCAGUUGACACGAAAAGUCAGCAAAAAUGGAACAAAUGUGAUGGGUUUAACCGAACUCUCCUUAUUUGAAUCCGAUUUCUACUGCAUUGGUUUUUUUGUACAUCUUACUGCUGAAACGGUUUCUUUUUUCUAUUACAUUGAGUAAGGAUUGUUAAUUUCAGAAGAAAAUGUGAAAGAAGGUUCUUUGAUCUAACCUUUUGAAGGUUAGUCAACUUGUGUGGGUGUGCAUCAGUGAUGUGCUAUGGUUUUACGGGACUGAUGCUCUAACUAAAUUUUGGACACUAUCAAUUUUACCUUUCAGACGAUGUGAGUCUAAAUCAAAUGAAACCAUUUGACAAAUUAAUUAUGCUUAUGGCUUAGAUAACUAUUCUGCUGAUUGUAUUCGGCAUUUUUCUUCACGUGGGAUGCUGAUGAUUUUUUUCGGAAAGGGUGGUGGCCAUCUUGCUAUCUUCAGUUUACAUGGGAUUGCUAUAUGGGCUUUAUGUUCCCAACUGGAAGUUUGAAGUUCCGCAAAGCUCUUCUACGAAUCAGAAUUAUAGUAUUCAGUCAGGAACUGUAAGUUGGAUACCCUUGUAUAGUUUUAUGAGCCUUUCCGUUAUUUUAUGAAUACUGUGGAAGUCUCUUUUGUCCAAAGGAUUUCCGAAACUGUAACCGUUACUGAUGGAGAGGAGGGGAGGAGCCAAUAAAAAUAGUACCUUUUGUGCCUUCUAUAACGCUUGAAGUGUAGGCCGUGUCUGUAAAGUUGCAUCCUGAUAAAAUGGAGUCCGUCAUUUAGUCAUCUUAACAGUCUGUGAGCUUAGUGUCGAUAGUCUAGAAAGUUUCAUACCUCUUAAUUAAUUCCUGACGGCAUGAUGAUGAUUUAACGACUCUAUUACUGACUUUUCUAUCUUGUAUUUAUUACACAAACAAUAUAAUCACAUCUUAUGUCCACCAAGCAUUUCAUUUGAUUAAUCGGACAUCAUGGAUUUUUGGUAUGUUUAUAUUUUUGAAUGUCUAUAUAUUUACAUUUUUAUGGUAAAAUAGCUGACGAACGUGUAUAUCUUUAAUAAGUACUCUCAACGAAUUACAACUGAGGACAUUUGCAGAUGCAUUAUUCAUCAUGUUUCCCCGAACAGGUUUCUUGUGAAAUCAGAGGCAGCCUUGGGCCUCCUUGCAAUGCUGUUGGCUUGGUUGAUCGAUUUUUUCUUGGUGAGAAGCAUCUUUACCAGCGUCCUGUGUAUCGAAGAACAAAGGUUUCCGUGAAUUGUUUUUUUUCCUUUUGGAGGUACUUUGGUUUUUUCUUGACGUUACCUAGUUUGGGCUCUUAAUAUUCUGGAAAAUUUUGAUACUAACAGGAAUGCAGUGCAAAUUCCCCUGAUUAUGGACCACUUCCACCAAAUGCGCCCAGCUGGUGUCUUGCUCCAUUCGAUCCUGAGGGGCUCAUGAGGUUUACCAACAACAUUAAAUGAAAGUGCUCUGUUACAAUAUUUUUCAUUUCAAAUAUUUUUCAUUUAAAACAUUUUUGACAUAUGCUUAUGUGAUUGAAACUUUUAACUUGACUUCCUACUUGUCUUAUCUGCAUGGUUGAAAGAACGAAACGGUUUUUUUUUUUUUUCCUGUUCAGACUUUACGACCAGAAUAUUCUUAGCCGUCUAGGAUUUCAUAUAAAUAUUUAAAGAUUCUCUAAGUUCUUCUUAUCCUGGAUCUUUGGAAUUGAUAAAUUAGGCGACAAAAAAUUUAGGUUGAUAUUGUUUCUAAAAAUGAUUAUUCUUUGAUUGUGGUCAUAUCGGUGGAUCUCCCUAAGUAAUUAUAGCCCUUCAUGAUGGACUCUCUAUCAGACAAGCUAGGAUCUCGUUAUUGUAGUGUCUCUCUUCUAUUUGGGCCCUUAAGUGAGUCAGUUAUGGACUACUUAAUGGGUUCUCCUUUUCUUUCUUCAAAAUAAGAGGGCUUGGCCCACUAAAGAUGUAACCGGUAUUUAAACUGGUGUAGAGGUCAAUUGAGAAUAGACUUUUCGUGAAUUUACUCUAAUGGGAUGUUCUAGGCGGCUCUAGUGAGAAGGGAGGGCGAAGACCUGAUCAAGAAGAUCAAGAUCCUGUUUUGACAUGGUAUCAGAGCUGGUCGAGGCGUGAAGCAUCACAAGGACAAGGACACGCCUUCCAUCAACUGGAAGCAAGCAUUCGAGAGGUCAAUUGAGAGCAAUUAUUGAUUUCAAGAAUCAAGAAAUAGGAGAUGUCAAUGGGGCAAGAAGCUUCUGCAUCCAACUCAGUCAUGACAACAAUUGUUAGUGGCCAAGAGAAGACAAUGUAUGCGCUGUUAGGUAUGCCUGAGUGCUUGAAAUUUAAUGGUACGAAUUUGUACCAAUGGGAGAAAUUUGUGGAUUUAACCCUCAUUGGGAGAGGUUUGUCGGAGCGUCUAAUUGAUGUUCAUGUUGGUAUGAAUGAUCCGAAUUACAGAAUUUAAAAAUAUGAGGAAGCCUUUAUUCAUUCAUGGCUCUUUAGAACCAUGACAAUAGAAAUGUGUGAUAACUUUCUUUAUAUGACUAUUGUGAAAGAAUUGUGGAGUGAAGUCCACAAGAAUUGCUCUAAGUAGCAGAAUGAUUGGAAGAUCUAUGGGCUGAAUGUCAAAACAAUGAGGGCAAUACAAGGGGAGAAGACAAUCAUGGAGUUAUCAUGUGAACUGAAGGUUAUAUGGCACGAGAUUGAUCAUUAUUGGCCUGUGAAGAAUUCUCACUCCGAAGAAAGAAAUUACUUAUUGAAGCAGAGAAUGUUUACAUUCUUAAUGGCUUUAAAUCUAGAAUAUGAGUCUUUGGAGUCAUAUCCCACAUAGAGGGCACCAGAUUUAGAUGAAGCCAUCGGUAUUGUUAUGGAGGAAGAGAGUCGAUUGCGUCUACUCUCAGAUCCAUCAAGGUCUAGCCCAAUUGCCUUUUUCACUAAGAAAACUAAAAAAAAUCAAGCCAAAAAGUUCAACAAGAUAAGAAGAAUUCAACUGAUCAAUGACAGAGGGCCUCAAAUGACUAUAAGGAUAGUCUUUGGUGUUCUUUUUGCAAAUGCAAAAGACAUACCAGAGAAACAUGUUGGAAGGUAUAUGGUAAGCCCCAACAAAAUCGAAAGGUAUAUGUUGCUGCUUCUUUGAGUCAUGAAGGUGGAGAACAAGAACAAUCGAAGGAGCAAAUAGGAGAGCCUGCUCAUGAACGUGAGGAGGACCUUAUAAAGAUAAAGGAAGAACUAGAGUGACUCAAAAGCAUGCUGAGUUUUACCUCAUUGGCAUGCUCAGUUGAAAAGAAAGUAUUUUUCAGUAAUACUAUUAUCCUAAAACCCAGUAGAAUAAAUUGGAUUAUUGAUACUGGUGCCACAGAUCACAUGACACCAAAUAUCUCUAGAUUCGUUAAUUAUGCAAAGAUAAAUAAGCCACAUAAGGUCCUUAGAGCUGGAGGAGGAAUCUUAUCAGUGGCGGGUAUUGGGAGCAUCAAAAUUAAUGGGCUGGGUACACUUAAAGAUGCCCUUCAUGUGCCUAGACUUGAGGCACAUCUUAUAUCCUUACAAAAACUUGUGUAAGAUUGUAAGUGCAAAUUUAUUCUUGAAGAUGAUGCAUGUUUUCUAAUUGAUAAGGUGUUGGGGCAAAGGACUGGACAUGUUAAGCGUCAAGAUGGCCUUCUCUAUCUAGAAGAUCAAGAUGUAGUGUGUCUCUCCUCUCUUAGUUUUUCCAGAGAUGCUAAGAGCCAAAUCAUGCUUCAGCAAAGUCGUGUUGGACAUCCUUAUUUUGAAUUGAUGAAACAUUAGUUUCCUACCAUUUGUAAUAAGGUUGAUCUCAAAACUUUGAUGUGUGAGGCUUGUCAAUUGGCCAAACACAAACGAUCUACAUUUCAUUUUAAGAAUGAAAGAGUUUAGUACCACUAUAUCGGAUUCACAGUGAUAUAUGGGGGCCAUGUCAAAUAUCUAGUAUAUCUGGUGGCAUAUGGUUUAUGCUAUUUGUUGAUGACUAUACCUGGUUUAUAUGGCUUUAUCUUCUUAAGUCUAAAACUGAAGCUGCUCAAAUUAUCUCACAGUUCUUUAACAUGAUAGACAAUCAAUUUGGAAUAGUGAUAAAGCGGUUCAAAACAGAUAAUGCCAAAGAAUAUUUCAAUACUAUCAUCUCCCCUUAUUUUGCUCAAAGAGGCAUAAUCCAUGAAUCAUCAUGUAUUGAUACUCCACAAUAGAAUGAGCUAGCUGAAAGAAAGAUUGACUAAAUUGUGGAGACAAUUAGAGCACUAUUAUUCUAGGGAAAUAUACCCAAACAAUAUUGGGGAGAGGCUAUAUUGGCAGCUACACAUCUUAUAAAUCACAUACCAGUAAGAUCAAUUGGACAUCAGAGUCUGAUUGAUUUAUUGUCUAAAGCUUAUCAAAAUGUAAAGUUGCAAACGAACUUAGCUCCUAAGGUAUUUGGUUGUGUGGCAUAUGUUCACAUUGCUAAUACUCAAUUGGGAAAGUUGGAUCCUAUAACACAUAAGUGCAUAUUUGUGAGAUACUCAUCGAUUCAAAAGGGUUAUAAAUGUUAUUGCCCAUCAUCCAGAAGAUAUUAUAUCUCUACAGACGUUACAUUUAAUGAAUACGGGAUGUAUUAUAAAAGGACCGAAGAGCCUGAUAUUCAAAGAUCAGAAAAUCUUUUAGUUUCUAUCUCUGAAGACCCUUGUCCUCAAGUGACACAAAUAUUUAGGAGACAAGUUCAGACAGAGUCACCUAAUACAACAGUCACAGUUGAGGAAGAAACGGUGGAGAAUGUAACUGAACCAAUGCAGCUGGAAGAAGAUGAUCCAGGGCAAAAUGAGGUCGAACAAUUUGAUGUAGGCCUAGUUGAAGAUGAUCAGCUCGGAUGGCCUAUUGCCCUGCGUAAAGGGGUAAAGAAUUGCAGAAACAGACCAAGGUAUCCAAUGCCCAAUUAUCUACCAUAUGAUAGAUUGAGUCAAGAGUAUAAAGUAUUCUUGAGCUCACUUAAUAUGACAAGUGUACCAAAAAUAGUUGAUGAAGCAUUAGCCAGAAAAGAGUGAAGCCAAGCAAUGGAUGCAGAGAUGGAGGCCCUGCAAAAGAACCAUACAUGGGAUAUGGUUCCUCUCCCAAUUGGUAAGAAGGCUGUGGGGUGGAAAUUAGUAUAUACCCCGAAAUUCAAUGCAGAUAAGUCACUUGAAAGAUAUAAGACACGAUUGGUAGCAAAAGGCUAUACUCAAUCAUAUGGGAUUGACUAUCUUGAGACCUUUGCUGGUUGCUAAGCCUAACACUGUGAGGAUAUUGAUUGCUCUAGCAGCUAAGUUGAACUGGGAAAUACAUCAAUUUAAUGUCAAAAAUGUAUUUUUACAUGGAGAAUUAGAAGAGGAAGUCUACAUGACUAUACCUCUAGGAUAUCCACUAUUCAAUCAAUCAGGAGUGGUUUGUAGACUAAAGAAAACCCUCUAUGGUCUCAAAUAAUCUCCUUGAGCUUGGUUUGGAAGGUUCACCAAGACAAUGAAAAGUCAAGGAUAUAAAUAGAGUAAUGCAGAUCAUACUUUGUCCAUCAAACAUAUUUCGUAUGAAGGUAUGACUGUAUUAAUUGUAUAUGUCAAUGAUAUAUUGAUCACAGGUGAUGACACAAAUGAAAUCCAAAAUCUGAGUAAAAAUCUCUCACAAGAGUUUGAUAUUAAGUCUUGGGAGACUAAGGUAUUUUCUUGGUAUUGAGGUGGCACACUCGAAAGAAGGUAUCUUUAUUUCUCAACAUAAAUAUACUGUUGAUCUGCUCCAGAAAAUUGGACAACUUACGUGUAAACCAACAGUCACACCAGUGGAUAUACAUGUGAAACUUGGAGCAGGAGGUGACAGUCCUCCAGUUAAUAAAUAAUCCUUCCAAAGGUUGAUUGAAAAAUUGAUUUAUCUGAAUCAUACUAGACCAGAUGUGGCAUAUGUUGUGAGUUCCUUGAGUCAAUUCAUGAAUGACCCAAGAGAAAUUCACUUACAAGCAGCAUAUCGUAUUCUAGUAUAUUUGAAGAAUAUUGUAGGACAAGGCCUAUUAUUUUCACGAGGUGGUGAUAAUACUGUGGAAAUAUAUACAGACAUAGAUUAUGCAGGAUCAGUAAGUGACAGGAGGUCAACAUCUGGAUCUUGUUCCUUCGUCGGUGGAAAUCUGGUCUCAUGGAGAAGUAAGAAGCAAAAGGUGAGGUCCAGAUCUAGUGCAGAAGCUGAAUUUAGAGCUAUGGCUCAAGGUACAUGUGAAGCAAUAUGGAUAAAAAUACUGUUUGAAGAUCUACAUCUGUACUCCCAAGGUUGCAUCAAGUUGUACUAUGACAAUCAAUCAGCUAUAGCUAUUGCCCAUAAUUUAGUUCAACAUGACAGGACAAAGCACAUUGAAAUAGAUCGCCAGGGAUGAUAAACUUGAUGUUUAUCAAUUCUACUAUUCAAGUGGCAGAUAUAUUCACCAAGGGGCUGUCGGGACCAACUCUAUAGAAGCUUGUAUUCAAGUUGGACAUGUCUAACAUCCACACCCAACUUGCAGGGGGGUGUCAGACAAACUAGGAUCUCGUUAUUGUAGUGUCUCUCUUCUAUUUGGGCCCUUAAGUGAGUCAGUUAUGGACUACUUAAUGGGCUCUCCCUUUCUUUUUUCAAAAUAAGAGGGCUUGGCCCACUAUAGAUGUAACCGGUAUUUAAACCGGUGUAGAGGUGAAUUGAGAAUAAACUUUUCGUGAAUCUACUCUAAUGGGAUUUUCUAGGUGGCUCCAAUGAGAAGGGAGGGCGAAGACCUGAUCAAGAAGAUCAAGAUCCUGUUUUGACACUCUCACAUGAACUUAAACUAAUUUAACGUCCAUGAUGGUACUUGUUAGAACUUUACUUAUACCAAAUUCCUUAGCGUCUGACUUUAUUUUUUUCUGGGAGUGUUUUCUCAGAGAAAACGUUGAAUGGACGCUAUUUUCUCUCUGGACUAAUGGUAUUUGUCUCCUUUGGAUCAUAAAGAAUUAUGAAAUUAGUAAACGAUUAUUUGAUUUGACUUAUGAUUACAAACUCAACUGUCUUUUCUUUUAAUGGUGAGAAUAUUUCUCUGAUGUUUUCCCAAUCUGGUGGCAGAAUUUUAUGGGCCAUUUUAUGGUCCGCUAACAUCAGAUCUACUUGCCAUCAAGACAUUGUAGUGUCUUGAAAUUAAGAUUCUAACAUGUGGCUUAUGGUUAAACUGCAUAUCCAGUUCCCUGUCAGCUGCUGUAACAUGUUUCUUUGGACUCCAUUUCGGGCACGUGAUUGCAAAUUUUAAGGUAUGAUAUACUUAAUGUAUUUCAAUCUUGUUGAUAUCUUUUAAUCCGAACCACACAUCCAAAAAACAUUAGUACUUUUUCUUAAAUGCAAUCAAACAAUCUUUGAGACAAAGAUAAUGAAAGCUUUUUGAAAUUGCCUGGAAUCUGUGGGUACUUCGCUGUGUGAACUGUGAGUGACACAAACAGAAUGAUGUGGUGCUGAUGAGUUUUUGGGUUUUUUGGCCCCAUUAAUCGGCAUACUGAAUUUUGUUCUCAUGUUUAGGGUCAUAUGAAGAGAUUACUUUUUUGGUCCAUCACUUCCUUGCUGCUUCUACUGGUGGGUUACAUCUUGAAGAUAUUAGGUACUUUCGUGGGUAUCAGGAGCCACGUAUCUUGAAUCCCCAUUUUGUUAUGAACUCAAUCGUUAUGCUAACCUGUUGAUCCCUUUGUUUCUUCCCACUCCUCCAGGUUUGCCUUUAAGUAAACCUUUGUAUACACUGAGCUAUCUGUGUGUUUCGACUGGAAUCUCGGGAGUUGUCUUAAUUGUGAUAUACUACAUAGUGAGUUCAAAUGCUUAUACAACCAUAUAUUUUACACCAUCGUAUUUUAGAAAAUCAUUCCUCAAUGUAAAGGAGGUUGCAUUCACAAGAGCGUGGAAAAAAUAUGGAUCUAUUGUGAGCAUGAACUUCCAGAGGCUGAUGUAUUUCAAUGGAUUCUGCAGUUUAUUUCAUAUUCAUCACAUGUUAGGUCACUAUGCCUUUCAAUAAAUGCAUAUGGAAACAUGUUUUUUACUUCUAAAAUCAUUAUUAGAUAUCUACGUAGAUAUUUUAUUCGAUUUUUGAAUCAAGUUGAUAGCUUUCGUUUCGUUCUAUGAAAACUUGCAAUGUGUUCCCUAGAGGCCCUCAUCAUCAAGACACAUCAUCUGGGCAAUAAGAUUGAGGGAUCUGGGCAAUAAGAUUUGAGAUUGUGCUCAUUUUGAAGACGCUAAACUGUCAAUAAGCACGAUAGAUUAGAUGAUCAAUGCAGUGCCGGCUUGCUUUUAUUGUAGAGCAUUUCUUUCCCCUGUUACUCGGAGGAAAGAGGAAAAAGUGAGAAAAAAGGGAAAGUGAAUGAAAUCAUAGAUGCAGAGUGAGGAAAUCCAAAAAGGGGAGAAGUAGUCUCACAUGGUUGACUUUCCUCCAAUCCAGAUUCUUUCUUUACAUGUCUCUCGGUGUUAAAGAUAUAUUUUUUUCUGCACAUGUAGUGGUUAUGUGAACAACCUGUUCACCGUUCUGUUAUUGUGUCUUCUCACAGCGUAAUUGCUGCACGGCUCAUCAUCUUUUACUCUGUUAUGAAGAAUUACUUCGUUGCAUCCUUAAUGUAUAUAAUUAUUAUUUAGGGUAAUCCUGAGGUGGCAAUCGUAUGCAACAAACUUCUUCACAUUGAAUCACUCUGGGUACUUGGGCAGUACUAUAGUGACAUUUUUUUUUUUGACAUACUUUUUUUUCCUGUAGGUUGAUGUCAAACAAUUAAAGAAGCCGACGAUAUUACUACAGUGGAUGGGAAUGAACGCCCUAAUUGUGUAUGCUUUGGCUGCUUGCGAACUGUUUCCGGCAGUCAUCCAAGGAUUUUAUUGGCACUCUCCUGAGAACAACCUUGUAAUCCUUUUUAUCUUGCCUCUUUAUUUUCCUUCACGAAUGCAUAUUUUUCGCGCAUUGAUGUAAUUUUAUUUUCCUUUUUCUUUCUCAUGAUCUCCCUACAACUUUUGAAUUUGUAUCUCGUGGGGCUUGAAGAAUUUAUUUGAAGAUAUUCCUAGUUUUUUAUGUGCUUCUUAGACUUUCCCAAGAUUAUAUACUGAAAGCUUUUCUUCUGAGUGGUUUGCCCAAUUUGCAAUAAAAAGAGAGUUCUAAGAGAUAGCUUCAAUCACGAGGUUAAUUUUAAGCGACUCUGAGACCCAGAUCAUCAUCACCGAGCUCUUGCAAAUUGAUCGUGUGAUCAGGAUGAAUUCUGCUCGUGAUUUCUCUGUUUGAGUAUAUCUCCCUUAUACAUACUCUAAUUGUUCGAGCACAAUAGCCAUGGGCAGGAAGCUCCUGUCACUUCAGCAUUGAGUUUGUUGAUACCAUGGAUUCAAUGACCGGUCUUAUCUGGACUUGAUUCCUGCUUGCAGGUGAACCUGUCCGAGUCAUGGUUGCAGGCCGUCGCUCAUUCCAAGAAGUGGGGAACCCUCGCGUUCGUCCUGUUGGAGAUCAUGUUUUGGUGCCUUGUUGCUGGCUUCCUCCACAGGAAAGGUAUUUACAUAAAAUUAUAG